CACAAAGAGAGAGAGAGAGAAAAAAAAGAUUGUGAAAUUUCACUGAACUGGAGUUCAGUCUUUACACCUGAUGCAUGGCAUUUAAUCGCUGGGCAACACAGUCAUUCGGGACCGGAUUGAGACGCAAGUUGCCCCAGUUUUCUAGGAAGAUAACGUAGAAGAGGCAAAAGUAUGGGAGAAUGGGGCUUUCUCUCGAAGCUGUUGGACAAAGUGCAGUCUCACUCCACGGUCAUCGGGAAGGUGUGGCUCACUGUACUCUUUGUCUUCAGGAUCAUGGUUCUAGGGGCCGGCGCAGAAAAGGUGUGGAGCGAUGAACAAUCAAAAAUGGUCUGCAACACAAAGCAACCAGGUUGUAAGAAUGUGUGCUACGAUCACACCUUUCCAAUCUCCCACAUUCGCUUUUGGGUUCUCCAGAUCAUCUUUGUGUCCACACCAACUCUUCUGUACUUCGGUCAUGUUCUGCAUAUCCUUCACAAGGAAAAGAAACUGCGACAGCUUGCCGAAAGCCAUGCUGAGAAACAAGGCCUAAAACAUCCCAAAUACACAGAUGAUCAUGGCAAAAUUAUAAUCAAGGGGCAACUGUUAGGAAGUUACCUAACAAGUCUGAUUUUUAAGAUCUUGCUUGAGGCUGCAUUUAUUGUAGGCCAGUACUAUAUUUACGGUUUUGUAAUGAUCCCUAAGAUUGAAUGCUCUCAGUCUCCUUGCCCUUAUACUGUAGAGUGCUUCAUGUCUAGACCUACAGAGAAGACCAUCUUUAUUAUCUUCAUGCUGGUGGUGGCGUGUGUUUCUCUGCUGCUGAAUGUGAUCGAGAUGUUCUACCUGAUAUGCCGCAGGUCAAAGGGACAUCAAGGCGCACAGAGUUCAUUCCCUCAAGCUUUAAAUGGAUCCAAAAUGUACAUUACAAGCACUGCAAGCUCUAACAAAAUUUGAGGCUGUUUAAAGUUAUAGUUCACCCAAAAAUUUGAAUUCUGUCUGUCAUUAUUUGCUUAGUGUAAUAUUAUGGGUUCAAUACAAGUUAAGCUCAAUGGACAGCAUUUGUGGCAUAAUAUUGAUUACCACAAAAAUUAAUUUUGACUUGCCCCUCCUUUUCUUUAAAAAAGCACAUAUCUGAGUUACAGUGAGGCAUUUACAAUGGAAGUGAAUGGGGGCCAAUUUCUGAAUGUUAAAUACCUUUUUACUUAAUACCUAUAAUUUGUUUAAAGUAUAGCCGCAUGACGUAAACAGUAUGCAUGUAAACAUGAUUUUCGUGUGAUAAAUCACGUAUUAACCUUUUCUGUGUAAAGUUACAGCCAAUUUUAUAACUUUGAUGCCAUGACGAUGCAUUGUCAACAAACCUCAAAACCCUAAAACGACUGUAAAAAUUACAAUUUAAACAACAUGGAAAACAUUAAGAAUAUUUUCACACGUCUUUUUGCCAUAUAAUGAAAGUGAAUAGUGACUCCAGGCCAUAAAGCUGGAAGCUUUAAAGUACAUAAAGUAAAUCAUUUUAUUUAAAAAUUAGCGAAUAAUGACAUAAUUUGAGUUAUUCCUUUAGUGCUGUUAAAAAUUGUUUAUAGCUAAAUAAAUCUGAAGUCAGAUUAUUGUGAUUAAAAUUUGGAUCAGAUUUUAAAAAAGUCUAGUUUUUUUUUAUUUUUAUUAUUAUUAUUAUUUGCACAGUUUUUGUUUGCUUGUGUAUGCUUGUAUGAAUUUUGGACAAUGUUUUGUGGUGAGUUGCGAGAAUGAAUGCUAAUGGACACCUGCAUGGUGCCAUUGUGUAUUUCAGGUAAUUAUAUAAGGAUUAAUUUUUACUCUCUUGUUAAGAUAAUGGAAUGACUUAUCAAAUGACUUUCAGUUAUCAUAUCACAUGACAUGUUUGAGAUGCUCUUUAUCUGCUGUCAAAACAGUACAUAGUUCAAACGACAUUUCCAUUAAUAAAGUAAAAACCGUACAUAUUCUGUCAUCAUUUACUCUUCCUCAUGUUUUUGAUUUUUUGAGAAUUGUUGAUUUGUGAAGAUACUUGUAGUAUUGGCCCCUGCUGUAAAGAUUAUAUGAAUUUUAGCACUUGUAGAUUCUACUUUUAAACAAACCAUGUGAACUGGAGACAAAAUGUGUAAAUAAUCUGUUAAAACCUUCUUUGUAAAUAAUGUUUGAAAACGUUUGAAUCUGUGAUAAAGCAUCUGUCCUUUUUACUUUUAAAGUAUUGCAUAGCUAAUAAUGUAUGAUAAGACAGAUAUUUGAUAUUGAGAAUUAUUAGGAGUUUACAAUUAAUGGACAUGAAUAGAAAUAGUGGAAGCACAUAAACAAAGAGCACACAUGUAAUUGUGAAAGCAUAAUGUUGAAUAAAGUUUUACACUCAUUACUGUAAGAAUGAUGUUUAAAAAAGACCUUUAUAAAUUUUCAUCUAUAAAUGUUAAAAUAAAUGUUUUUGUUGUUGUUGUUGUUGUUGUUUUUUUUGUUUGUUUGUUUGUUUGUUUUUUUUUUUUGCUAUGCACAACAUUAGGAUUGUUUACUACUGUUAAAUAUAUUAUAAAUGAAUAAAUAAUAUAAAUGCUGUCUUGGUUGUAUUAUUUCAGCAGAGUUGAAACACCUCGUCUUUUUUUAUAAUUAAUACCAGUUCUCAAAAGCAGUGCUGAAAAAUAUUUUGCCCAAUAUGAUGGUUUGCUAACUUUAGGUGCCACCGUGAGGUUAUGAGAGCCAAAAGCAACAAAGAUUUUUUCAAAUUAACUUUUGACAAUUUACUCCACUCUCAGAUUUAAACAAUUGUAAGCAUUUAUCUUGCACCUCGAGAACAGUCUUGUUUUUUGUUUUUAUGUGUAUUUAGAUUUACGGAUAUUAUCAUCUAUCAACUUAUAUAAUGCUAAAAUAUGCUACUACAGAUACAAUCAUACAAUAAUCAUGCCAUACAAAAGUUAUUUUUGUACACACAAAUCUACCUAAUUUUACCUUUAAGAAACAUUAAAAAUGGUCUUGUAUAGAUUAAUUAUUAAAAUGGCUUGAUCAAAUCAAGUAGUAGAAGCAUUGAUGUAGAAUAAAUGUAAAGAAUUCUAAAAUGGGGAGUUAUAAUGAUUGCUUCUUAUAUUUUCACAGAUGUAGCCUAUACUUUUUUGUGUUAGUGUAACUUACAUUAUUUACAGUUGUCUUGCAUGAGAGUCAAACAGUAAUAUCCACUUAUUAAAUUAUGCUUACAAAAGAUGGAAUCAGUAGUUGACAUUUUAUUCUAAAGACAAAAAAUUAAAAAAUUAAAAAUAAAAAUACAAUAGGUAAAAUUGUUGGUGUCAGGGGAUAUAUCACAUAUCUGGCAAAAACAUUGCUUCCACAAAAUAUUAUGAAAAUCAGUGCAAUCAGAGUUAUGAUUUAAUGUGAUCAUAACUGUGUGAUAGGGUGCUUACAGUAGUCACACAAAUUGUCUGUUUAUUCACGUUGUCAUU